UUUGGAAGAACGCCACCGGAAGUUGCGUUGCAUCAGCUAGCUUGCCUGCCUCGAGCGUUUCUGGAGCAUCACAACAUUAUUCAGCCGCUUUGUUCUGACGUCGGGAAAGCGUCGCUGUUUCUUCCAUGAAGUGUGCAUGAAACCACGCAAUGUCCACCAUGGUGUAUCCGCGUGAAGAAGCUCUGGAGCGCCUGACCCAAGAUGAGAUCGUCCUCAACACGAAGGCCGUCAUGCAGGGCCUGGAGACGCUGCGCGGCGAACACGCGCAGCUGCUCAACUCGCUGCUGGACUGCACCCAGCCGCCCAUCGCCCAGGAGAAAUCCGGCCUCCUCCGGAAGAACCUGGAGGACAUCGAGCUGGGCCUGGGAGAAGCGCAGGUCAUCAUCGCUCUGUCAAACCACCUGAGCGCCGUGGAGUCGGAGAAGCAGAAGCUGCGCGCCCAGGUGCGUCGGCUCUGCCAGGAGAACCAGUGGCUGCGGGACGAGCUGGCGGAGACGCAGCACAAGCUGCAGCGCAGCGAGCAGUGCGUGGCCCAGCUGGAGGAGGAGAAGAAGCACCUGGAGUUCAUGAAUCAGAUCAAGAAGAUCGAUGACGACGUUUCCUUGUCGGAGGAGAAGAGCCAGAGCUCCGGGGGGAGCAAGGGAACGGGAGGAGGAGGAGGAGACUCUUCAAAGGACAGCCUGGAUGAUCUGUUCCCCAACGACGAUGACCAGGGAACAGCCCAGCCCAGUGGGGAGGCGGCAGCCCAGCAGGGGGGCUACGAAGUCCCGAAUCGUCUCAGGACGCUGCACAACCUGGUGAUCCAGUAUGCCUCCCAGGGCAGGUACGAAGUGGCCGUGCCUCUGUGCAAGCAGGCCUUGGAGGAUCUGGAGAAGUCGUCCGGACACGACCACCCGGACGUUGCCACCAUGCUCAACAUCCUGGCCUUGGUGUAUAGGGACCAAAACAAAUACAAGGAAGCUACUCACCUUCUGAACGACGCCUUAGCCAUCAGAGAGAAAACACUGGGGAAGGACCACCCGGCGGUGGCUGCAACCCUCAACAACCUGGCUGUGCUGUUUGGCAAGAGGGGCAAGUACAAGGAGGCCGAGCCGCUCUGCAAGAGGGCCCUGGGCAUCAGAGAGAAGGUGCUGGGGAAGUCCCAUCCGGACGUAGCCAAGCAGCUGAACAACUUGGCCCUGCUGUGCCUGAACCAGGCCAAGUACGACGAGGUGGAGUACUACUACAAACGGGCCCUGGAGAUCUUCGAGUCCAAACUGGGAGCCGACGACCCCAGCGUGGCCAGGACCAAAAACAACCUGGCCACUUGCUACCUGAAGCAGGGCAAGUUCAAAGAUGCAGAAGUUCUGUACAAAGAGAUUCUGACCAGAGCACACGAGAAGGAGUUUGGAUCAGUCAACAAUGACAAUAAGCCCAUCUGGAUGCACGCAGAGGAGAGGGAAGAAAGCAAGAGCAAACAGAAGGACUCUGGGCCGUACGUGGAGUACGGGAGCUGGUACAAGGCCUGCAAGGUGGACAGUCCAACUGUGAACACAACCCUGAAGAGCUUGGGAGCGCUGUACCGUCGUCAAGGCAAACUGGAGGCAGCCGAAACGCUUGAGGAGUGUGCCAGCAAGACACGCAAACAGGGGAUCGACGCCAUUAACCAGAGUAAGGUGGUGGAGCUGCUGAAGGACGGACCGGGGAGAGGAGGGGACAGGCGGCACAGCAGGGACGGACCAGGGGGACGAGGAGACAACGAGGGCGACGAGUCCGCAGAGUGGAACGGGGUAACAUCCAUGUUAGAGUUUACAGUUUCAGACGGUAAUGGGUCUCUGCGUCGCAGCGGCUCCUUCGGAAAGAUCCGGGACGCUUUGAGGAGGAGCAGUGAGAUGCUGGUGAAGAAGCUGCAGGGCAGCGGACCUCAGGAACCCCGAAACCCCGGAAUGAAAAGAGCGAGUUCCCUGAACUUCCUGAACAAGAGCGCCGAGGAAACCACGCAGGACGCCAACUCCGGCCUCUCAGACAGCAGAGGACUCAGCGCCAGCAACGUGGACCUGACCAGACGCAGCUCCCUGAUUGGUUAGACACGGCGGAGAGGCGGGGACAGAACAGGAAGGGGCUGUUUACCUCGGUUUGAGCAGCCGCUUCUAUUGAUUUUAUUUUAAGGAACACUUAAAAAAAAAAAACCCAACAAAGAGACAUGACCACACUUGAUGUCAUCACUGCUGCUACCGCUGUACACACCGCCGCCAUCGACCAGAACACUGAAUAGCAUCGCACACACACUUACGAGCAUGCUGCUGAACUAGAAAGUGGAAUGUCUGCACCUGAACGCCUCAUGUUUUCAACCAGUAGCUCUACGGUUCCUGCCCAGUCUCUCCUCUGCAGACACUCGACGUUUUCAAGGCGAUGUUGGUUUCCGUUCGACGAGACGCGUGUCAGUUUGUAUAUUCCACACGUAGCAUGACGUAACCACGGGCGACCGCGGUGCCAUCCGAACACAAUCAACCUUUUAGGGAAGCAUAAGCACUGACCAUUUCAACCUCAAACUGUUUGCCUUCGUGAAUUUUUUUUUUUAUGUGUAUGAACGCUUUUAAAUUAUUUGACUUUUCCUUGUGUAUAUAGCUCGAUUUGUUUUUGUUUACACUUUAUGGGGUUAAGGAGGGACUUAACUGGAAAAACACUGGGAGACUGGGAACAGAUGGAGAACAAUAUGUGGGGGAAAACGAAAGGAAAGUACAGAAAAUGUGACUUUUGCUUCAUCUUGUCAUCAAAUAUUAAAAACGCUCAUAAAUCCA